CGCGCGCGCUCAGACCAAACAGCGACUCGGAGCAGAGGACAGCUUCCACGCGCCGUCAUGGAUUCUCCUGCAGGAUAAAGUGUGCGCGUCGAACGCAGCAUGGGAAUAUACUACACGUGCACGCGGCCCCGUGGAUCUAUAGAGCCUUAAUGGAAACCAUGUCACCGCAGCAAGGAACCAUGGGACAGAACAGGUCCGAAUCUCUGACCGGAGACGGAAAAGGCUCUGCCGACGGCAAAACGAAGAUGAAGACCUUGGCCCAGAGACGACAGUCAGCUCCCUCGCUGGUCAUCAGCAAAGCACUUACCAGAUCCAGAAGCACAUCCAGGGAAAGCUGUAUGACUCCAGUCAGCCCAGUGUCAUGUCCCCUGGUCCAGGCUUUCCUGGCUGAGUCCGGCCGUCUGUUCCUUGGUUACACUGAAACACGACUUAAGACUGGCCCAACCCAGGAGAGACACCUCUUCCUCUUCACUGACACACUGCUUGUCACCAAGGCCAAGUCACCCACUCAUUUUAAAGUCAAGGCCAGGGUUCGAGUGUGUGAGAUGUGGACAGCAAGCUGCAUGGAAGAGGUGUGUGAAGGAAGCACCAACCACGACAGGAGCUUUGUUAUGGGCUGGCCAACGUGCAACUGUGUGGCUACCUUCAGCUCUGUGGAACAGAAGGACAAAUGGUUGCCACUCAUUAAAAGCUGCAUAAAUGAGGGAAAAGAGAAAGAUGAUCCCCAGGCUAUCCCUUUGAAGAUAUUUGCAAAGGAUAUUGGAAACUGUGCUUAUGCCAAGACAAUUGUAGUCAACAACACUGACACGACCACUGAUGUCAUCCGCACGGCUCUGCUGCAGUUUGGCAUUUCUGGUUGCGUUAAAGACCACCAGCUGUGGGUGAACUCUAGUAAAGAUGACCCUCCAUAUCCACUUAUUGGUCAUGAGUUCCCCUUCAGCAUCAAGAUGAGCCACAUCCGUGACAGUGGGAGUAUAGCAGGACUCGGAGCUGUAGGGAGGGAUCCUGCAACUCCGACAGACAGUCCAGGAGUUCUACUGUUGGACCAGUGUCUCCCUCCACAUACUCAGUGCCAGUUCAUCCUCAAACCCAGCAAAGUGUCUCCGGGGCAGCCUCCACUUAUAGAGCCUGGUCAGCAGAAGUCCUUUAAGAGGAAGCGGUCCCUGAUCAACUGGACUUUCUGGAGAGGUUCCACCAGCCAGCUGGACAGUUUACCUCUGUCCCCGACCUCACUCUCCUCCAGCCAGGGCCGGCUGUUCAGCCGACCCCUGGGAGCCCUGUGUUCGUCUGACCACAGCCUGCCAAAGCCCAUCAUGGACAUGUUGGUGUUCUUGUACCUGGAGGGGCCGUACACGAGGGGUGUGUUCAGACGGUCAGCGGGGGCCAAGGCAUGCCGGGAGCUCCGGGACAGACUGGAUGCAGGGACAGAGGUCCCGGAGAUGACACGGCACUCUGUGUUCGUCAUUGCAGCUGUCCUCAAGGACUUUCUGCGAAACAUUCCGGGCAGCCUGCUGAGUGUGGAUCUGUACGACCAGUGGAUGUCUGUGAUGGAGGGAGACAGAGGAGAGGAGAGGACUUCAGCCAUCCAAAGGUUGCUUCACCUCCUGCCGACUGAGAACCUGCUCCUGCUGCGACACGUGGUCGCCGUGCUCCACUGUAUUCAAAGCAAUGCCCACAACAACCAGAUGAAUGCCUUUAACUUGUCUGUCUGUAUUGCUCCCAGCAUGCUCUGGGGCCCAGCACCCAGUAGCCCUGAGACUGAGGGGGAGGACACUAAAAAGGUGUGUGAACUGGUGUGCUUCCUCAUAGAGAACUGCAGCAGCGUGUUGGGAGACAACGUCACCUCGCUGUUCACAGCCUUCAGCCAGAAGAGCAGCAACAGCGACCACGGCUCUGAUGUGUCAUCCUUCCAGAUGAAUGACUCAUCCUAUGAUAGUCUGGAGAAUGAGCUGAACGAUGACCCGGACUCUCCCUGCCAGGAACCGUUGUCUUUUCGUGAGAAGGACAAGCCAGACAGUCGCAGCCGUGAUUCUGUCAUCACUCUUAGCGACUGUGACCCUGAUCCUGAGAUGGAGACUGACCUCCUGCUGCAGCUCCCUCCACUGGCCAAACCCAGGAGGUUCAACCCAGCUGUUCGCGAGGCCCGCCCCCGCCAAGUCAUUGGUUCAUCACAGGGUCUGAGGAGGUUAAGGAGAUGUUCUGAGCCUGGUUUGGACCUCGGAAGCACAAUGCCUUCAGGGGUGGUGAUAGUUCACUCUGAUAAGCUUCACCUACCAAUGAGGAAGGCGAGCUAUGAUGCUGCCCUGGAGGGGGUGAGCAAGGAGGAGGAAGAGGAGGAUGAGGUUUUUGUGGAGAAUAGAUUGACCAGGCUGCAGCUGAAGGAAGAGGGAGAUGACAGCUGUGGAAAGCAAGGUGCCAAAGUUCCCAGUGGGUGGAGAAAAGUGAAGCAUGUACCACCCCCACCAUUAAUAUUGGAUGCCAGCUGUUCGAGUUUGUCAUCUCCAGCAACUUCACCCACAGGCUCCUCCCUCAGUUCUUUAGACUCCGCCUUUUCACAGUACUCCACUGACUAUGUCACCAAUGGAGCGAUACCAGUAGCUGAGCCAGUACCUCUUUGCUCUCUGUUUCUUGGAUGGCCCCAGCUGUCUCCAAGGGGCUCCCCUCCCCAAAAGGAAGCUCCACCUCAUUGGUCACAGUCCAGCCACACCUCCAAGACCAGCCAACCCCAUUGUCACCCACAUGGCCUCCACCAUAACACUUGGUCCAAGAAGGACCGCCUGUCACUGAGGCAGAAUGUUAAUGGACAAAUGGGUGAGGACAUGCCAGUGGAAAACGGAAUCAGUCGAACCCACCCAGUCAGUAGUGGGUCCUCUGUUCAUCUUCAGGAGGGCCUAAUUGUGAACCAAAUUUGCCAACGCAGAUCCAGCAGCCCUCCGUCCUACCAUCAAGCUCUGGUGCAGCUGCAGCGGAACCGUUCCCCUUUUUAUGGUGGAACAGACAAACCACUGACAGUCAAAGAUGUGAGGCUGCGAAAUGACCCAGCUGGCACCUGCCAACCCCAGAACCCAGGAUCCCCUAACAAUCCCAAACCUCACUCACUGAGCAAGGUCACACAGGGACUGGGAGGAAAUGACUGUCUCCAGCCACCACAAGGUGUUUUCUAUGGACAGAACACCACAACUCUGGUCCUUCAGAGACAGAAAUACCACUCUCUGACUCCAGCUGUGGACUUAAUGAAAGGGGGAAAAACCCUUAUCCUGCCUUGCCGAGCAUCCGAACCUACCAAGAUGACCUUUAAACCCACCUCGAGUCACACUCUGGACAGAUCUCGUUCUACUAAACUGCUUAAAGCUCAGCCUCAAGAAUGUGAUCUGAGAGUGUCUGAUAAUGAGCCUGUCCAUUCUUCUCAUUCCAAUGAGCCACACUUCUGCCUGUCUCCCUCCGCCACCCGGGCUGUGAGGGACUAUUUCUCCUUGCAGACUCAGGCAGAUGCAGACACCUGCCUACGGAGGAGUCAGGAAGUUGCUUUGGCUAUUGUACAGGGGAAGAAAGACUGGCAGAGUCGGCGGUGCAGUGACCCGCGAGCGGACGAGUUUGAUCAGUUAUUUUUUGCUGAAGAAUCAUAUGUGUAAAUACUGAAGCAGAGACUUAUUAUUUGAUACAUUCAGUGUUGUUUCUGUAAACUACAUACUUGUAUUCAUGUUGCCUGUGAUGUGGUAGAAUUUUCAUCCAUGGUUUCCGAGCUAUAGCUACAUACAGAAAGGUUCUGCUGUCUGAGUGUAUCUGUCAUUUUGUACUUUAAAAGAAGUACAGAUGAAGCAAAAUAACACCUUUCCGUGUUUCACCCAAUUAUCAGCCAAUUGUCUGUACAUCAUUAAGAUUCCAUUUCUGCCAGGAAAGCUAAUACCCCCGUCACACAUAGCUGGAAUCACGCAGAAUGGUGUUGGAAUUAUGAAUCGGGGCACAUCCGAAAAGUGUCCACGUGCACAUGCGCCACGUACAUAUGCGCUGCGCACUUACGUGCAUGUGUGCGUGAGGAACACAGUGCUCCAGUCCUGUGUUUGCGAUCCAGACAUCUGGAGAUCGGGCAGUCUGCAGCACCUUUUAUGGCCGUCUGACAGCAGUUUGUGUCAUCUAUAUGCACUCUGGAUGCGAUCUGACAGGUGUGGACAAGGCAAGCCUGUCUGUGCUCCGACAUUGCAGACCAUGCCUCUUUUCCUCCCAACUGUGUCGGAUUAUGGCAAUAUUUGCCAUAUUGGGCAUGGCUCUGGCACAUUCUUGCUAUGUGUGACGGGGGCUUAAGAGUUAAAAUCUGCAGGAUUGACUGUAAAAACAGUGGAAGUUUAAAUGUUGUUGAAGUCCAAAUUACUAUCAAACACUACAGCAAAGAUUCUUCAAAAUAACUAGUGGAGAGAUGAUACCUGAUUAAGUGAAUUUAUUACUGUAUUUUCCGGAGUGUAAGUCGCACCUGUUAAAAAAAAAAAAUCUCUUGAACAGGAAAAUUCAUAUAUAUAUAUAUAUAUAUAUAUAUAUAUAUAAGUUGCACCAGGGUAUAGGUCUCACUGGAGUAUAAGUUGCACCUUUUUAUAUGUAUUAUCAACUCUUUAAUUGGGGAUUUUUGUGCAUUGGUGUAGUGUACUUUUUAUUAUUGCCAUUUAUUAUUUUUCUGUUAGAGAUAAUUUUGUUCAUUGCUUUGAUUUCUGGGAAAGCCCUGCAUAAACAGCCAUUACCAUUAUUGUUAAGAACCAAUGUGUAAUUUUUCAUGAUAUAAGUUCCACCAGAGUAUAAGUCGCAGGACCUCCCAAACUAGUAAAAAACAUGACUUAUACUCUGGAAAACAGGGUAUGUAUCUAUAAGAUAUGGGGAAAGAAUUCAUUUGGCAUCGAGAUCCACAGACAGUUAUUGGGGAUUUUAAGCAGCGAUAGUUUAAAAGGCCUGCUACAGUAACUGGAAAUGGAUCUAUGUCUCUGACAUAGCGGUGUAGCUGAGGAAUUUAAGCAGAGAGGAUUUAUCAGUGUGAGCUACUGACACCGGUCUACAACCACUAAAUUUAUAUACCUUAACACACCAGAAGUGCAGAUUUAUGUGUUACGAACAAAAUAACUUUUGUCAUGAUUAAUGUUAGCUAAUACAGCUGAUUUCACAGCUGGUUCAGCGAUUAAGUAUUUAAUUGCAAAUUGCUAAAUUAAUGAACAUAUAUGUGUCUCUGUCAGGUGUGAUGCUGUUUGAAAUCAUGUUUAAAAAACUGUUUAAAUGGCAAAGUACUCUUAGCAUUACCUGAAGUAGUAGCGAGAACAGCAAAGUUCUCCAUUAGCAUUGUAGAGCUGUCAGCUGCUGUGGGGCAUCAAGCUAAAACAUAUGUACAAGGAACACAGGGAAAUACGUCCGGUCACCGUAGCGGAAAACUAAACCAUCACUGCUGAAACUCCCCCAUUACCUCUACAUUUUUACAGGUCUUGUGCCUAACCUUUGCUCUCUGAUGUGUUUGUUUGGCAGCGUGUCCUUGUUUUAUGUCCAGAGUUUGAUUUCUUGAAGACGGGCACUCACUGGAGUACAUACCUGUACCGUUUUCCAAAACACCCCAAAA